GAUGAAUUACUCGGCGUCCUUGACGGUUGACAGUCAACCACAACCGACCGCUACGUUGAGAUCCCCCCCGGUCUGACCAGAUCAGUGAGGACCCGGAAUUACGAGCAGAGUGAGACCUCGGCGACUGGUCCGCCUCCUCCUCCUUCUCCUCUCCCUCAGCACCACGGCUCCUUUCCGCUCCGCAGGACUUCGCUCCCCGGUAAUGGAUCCCGGACACCGGCUGGAGGUGUGUUGAAGACAAGGUCCCGACGUCUAGACCCGGAGUCAGGGCGGGGCUGGAGCGGAGGAGCUCUGAUCGUCCUGUCGCUGGUUCUCACGUGUGGUACCUCUGCACGGCGGACGAUCGUGUGCGCGCAGCAGUGCAUCAGUGUUUACGGUGCAGGGGGCGGUUGCACGCAGCAGCAGCAGCAGCAGCAGCAGCAGCAGCAGGGGGUUGGGGGACACUCCAGGACACUGAGCCCUGCCCUUGUCUUCCUCCAGGCCGGAAUGUGCUCACGAUGAGGGAGUGGUGGAUCCACGUGGCCCUGAUCUGCGUCCCGCUGGUCGCCGUCUACCUGCACAUCCCGCCGCCGCAGCUGUCGCCCGCCCUGCACAAGUGGCACGGCGCCGGGGAGGUGUUCCGCUUCAGGGGCCGCGAGGUCUUCUACAGAGACUCCUACGGGGCUUUGGGGAGCUCUGAUGUCAUCAUUCUGCUCCACGGCUUCCCCACCUCCAGCUACGACUGGAACAAGAUCUGGGAGCCUCUCACUCAGCGCUUCCAUCGAGUCAUUGCACUGGACUUCCUCGGGUUUGGCUUCAGUGACAAACCGCGGCCACACAGGUACUCCAUCUUCGAGCAGGCCAGUGUGGUGGAGGCCCUGGUGGCCCACUUGGGCCUGGGCAGCCAGCGAGUCAACCUGGUGUCCCACGACUACGGAGACACCGUGGCCCUGGAGCUGCUCUACAGGAGCGACCAGAAUCGCACAGGUCACCUGACCUUAAACAGCCUCUGUCUUUCCAAUGGAGGAUUAUUCCCAGAAACACACUACCCACGGCUGCUGCAGACGCUCCUGAAGGACUCCAGUUUCCUGGCUCCCGUCCUGAUGCGUCUCACCAACUACAUGAUCUUCCAAACAGGAGUCGGAGAAGUGUUCGGCCCGUACACGCAGCCCACGGACGCCGAGUUCUGGGACAUGUGGACGGGCCUGCGCUACAAUGAUGGCAACCUAGUUUUGGACAGUAUUCUGCAGUACAUCAACCAGAGGUUGAAACACAGAGAGCGAUGGGUGGGCGCGCUCACUUCCACCUUCGUCCCACUGCACAUGAUCUACGGACCCCUGGACCCCGUCAACCCUCAUCCGCAGUUCAUCCGUCUUUACCAGCAGCUGGUCCAGAGGUCGACGGUCACCGUUUUGGACGAACACAUCAGCCACUACCCUCAGCUGGAAGAUCCCACCGGCUUCCUCAAUGCAUAUUUCAAUUUUAUUCACUCUUUCUGAAAAAUGCGACAGCCACACUGUAGUUAAAGAGCGAUUCAAAAACGAAAACUUUUUUCCUGAUGAUAGUAACCAGAAGAAAUGCUGCAUUAAUCUGAGGUGUUAAUUCACCAGUAUUAUUCCCUGAGAUGUCAAUUACUGAAAUAGACGACAUAAAAUGUGAGCUAAAAAAAAAAGUUGUACUUAAUGCAACAGACUGACUUAUGUGAGGAAUCAUGAUACUGUCAGUUAGGGUUGGUCAUGUGACCUUUGAACAUAUCUGUGCAACAGUUUUGAUUCCCUGCAUAUUCUUUCGUUUGAUGAGUCUUGCAAUCGGCUGCAUUCUGAAUGAAUUUUUGAUGAUUUUCUACAUUUCUCUUCUCAAUGAGUCUUACCUUUCUUCAAAUAAACCUAGUUUUCUAAAAUAAAAAUACAAAGAUACUUUUGGUUAUUUUGACAGUCGAGACUUUAUUGUAGAUUUGACAGAACCAGGAGCAGACGGUAAAAACAAAACAUAGAAGAAACACUUUUAAAGUUUGUGUCUUUGAAGUAAUAAAACAUUUAUUCAGGUGUG